AUGUCCUCCGAGGAAGAACGCGUCAUCUUAACGCCUGAACUGAAAGCGAGGAUCGAGAGGAACAAGAGAGAGGCUUUGGAAAGACUGAAGGCGAACGAGAAGAAGCUUUCUCAACGAGCGCGCGUGCACGGCGAUAGGAUUCGGAGAGUAAACGGUGAAGACGCCAAAAAUAACGUGGCGAAUGGACAAUACGUUUUGUAUUGGAUGCAAUCGUCGCAACGCGCGCGAUAUAACGAGGCGUUGGAGGUGGCGGUGGAGAGAGCGAACGCGCAUAAGAAGCCAGUCGUCGUUGCGUUUGCGUUGACGUGCGACUACGAGGACGCCAACGAGAGGCAUUAUAAUUUCAUGGUGAAAGGGUUGUUGGAUGUCAAAGAAGGUUUGUCGAGGCGGAACGUUCCGUUUUUCUUGGUGACAAAGAAGAAGAAGCGGAAGGAGGAAAAAGAGGACGCGUCCGGCAUUCCAGAGGCAAUUUUAUCCCUAUCCAAGAACGCGAUUGAGAUCAUCACGGACUGCGGAUAUUUGCGAGUGUUGAGAAUUUGGCGCGAAACGCUCGCGCGUAAAGUUUCGAUACCAAUAACGGAAGUUGAGACGGACGUGGUUGUUCCAGUGUUCGCGCACUUAUCUUCGCGACCAAAGCUAGACGUUUCUGCCGCAUCGUUUCGCGCGUUCGCGUUGCCGAAAUCGUUCGAGCACACGGAAAAUGUGCCAGAUUUGGAAGAAAUUGUGCCUUUAUGGAACGCCGAAGAUGUGAAAAAAGCUCGCAUGUCGGUGAUGGAUGUGCUCGACGACAGAUUUGCGUUCGUCAUAGACGGUAGAAUCGCAUCUUCUUCGUCGUCGUCGACGCCUUCAACAUCCGCGAAACAAACCGCCGAUGAUAUCUUGUCCGUUUUAAAAACGGAAUUUGGGUUGAAAGAAACGCCACAUAUUCCAAAAUGUGACAAAUAUCACAUCGGAGGCGAAAUCGAAGCGAUGCUUAAACUCGACGCGUUUCUCGAUUCAGUCGUAUUGCGCAAAUACGGUGAACUUCGUAACGACUGUUCGCUCGGACUCCAAUCGCAUUUGGCGCCCUACAUACACUAUGGUCAAAUCUCCGUUUUACACGUCGCCAAACGCGCGCGAAGGUUUGCGAAUGCACACAAAACCGAUGAAAAGAUUCAAAAAAGCGUCGAAGUCUUUCUGGACGAACUCAUCAUUCGAAGAGAGUUGGGGAUUCAAUUCGUAGUAAAAAAAAGAGAAACCUACGAUACGUUCGACGCUUUGCCUAUUUGGUGCAUUAAUACGCUCGAGAAGCACAAAGACGAAAGGGAGACGAGAUAUACGUACGAAGAGCUCGAAAAAGGACAAACGGACGAUCCUUUAUGGAAUGCCGCGCAAAAUGAAUUGCGCAUCUCGGGUAAGACGCACAACUACACGCGAAUGUAUUGGGGUAAAAAAGUCGUCGAAUGGUUUCGCGAUUCGAGAGAGGCGUGGACUGUCUUGAUGCGAUUGAAUGAUACGUAUUCUCUCGACGGUCGCGACCCGAAUUCCUACACGGGCGUAGGUUGGGUGUUUGGACUCAACGAUAGGUCGUUUCCAGAAGCUCCGAUUAUGGGUGAGGUUCGACGAAUGUCCAUGAGCGGGUGUAAAAAGAAAUUUGGCAAAGCCAUAGACGCGUACAUCGAUCGAUGGAACGGUCAACGAGAGAAAGGUGGUCGCCAGGUUUCCAUCGCGAACAUGUUCAAGAAACAGAAGACACGAUGA